CCGCGCCCACCCGCCCCGCGCCGCGGCUGGAGAUGCGUUCCCCGGGGUCUGGAUCUGUGAAAAUAUGCGUCAGUUCAACGCGGUCCUGGAAUUCAUGAGAUGGAAGCAUAGCUCGAAGCUGGCGGGAGAUCGGAAGCAGCCUCGCCUCCAGCCACAGCCCGAGGAGUCGGGAGAAGGCAGUGGACAUUGGAGUCAUUGUAGAGUCAUUGAGCCCUUUUACCAGAAAGCCUCACUGAGCGAAGCCUUUAAGCUAGCGCCAUAAGAACGGUUGUCAAAGGUGACGUGUAAAAGGAGACAUCAGAACUGAACCAUGAGUCAGCUGUGUAUUCGCAUCACGUUAUUGGGAGCCUGUCUGUCCAUCGCUUCUCGUGUUCAAGGGCAGAACCUAGACAGCAUGCUCCACGGCACCGGGGCGAAGUCGGACUCCGACCCGAAAAAGUCAGAAAAUGGAGUGACCUUAGCACCAGAAGACACCUUGCCUUUCUUAAAGUGCUACUGCUCGGGACACUGCCCGGACGACGCCGUCAACAACACCUGCAUAACUAACGGGCAUUGCUUUGCCAUCAUAGAAGAGGAUGACCAGGGGGAGACGACGCUAGCUUCGGGGUGUAUGAAAUAUGAAGGGUCUGAUUUCCAGUGCAAGGACUCACCGAAGGCCCAGCUCCGCCGGACCAUCGAGUGCUGCCGGACCAACCUGUGCAACCAGUACCUGCAGCCCACCCUGCCCCCUGUGGUCAUAGGCCCCUUCCUGGACGGCAGCGUGCGCUGGCUGGUGGUGCUCGUCUCCAUGGCCGUGUGCCUCGUGGCCAUGGUCGUCUUCUCCAGCUGCUUCUGUUACAGACAUUAUUGCAAGAGCAUCUCCAGCAGACGGCGUUACAACCGUGACCUGGAGCAGGAUGAAGCGUUUAUCCCCGCGGGAGAGUCCCUGAAGGACCUCAUCGACCAGUCGCAGAGUUCCGGUAGUGGGUCCGGCCUGCCCCUGCUGGUCCAGCGCACCAUUGCCAAGCAGAUCCAGAUGGUCCGGCAGGUUGGGAAAGGCCGGUACGGAGAGGUGUGGAUGGGCAAGUGGCGGGGCGAGAAGGUGGCGGUGAAAGUCUUCUUCACCACCGAGGAGGCCAGCUGGUUCCGGGAAACGGAGAUCUACCAGACCGUGCUGAUGCGCCACGAAAACAUCCUCGGCUUCAUAGCUGCAGACAUCAAGGGCACCGGCUCCUGGACCCAGCUCUACCUGAUCACUGACUACCAUGAAAACGGGUCCCUGCACGACUUCCUGAAGUGUGCGACCCUGGACGCCAGCGCCCUGCUCCGGCUGGCACACUCCGCCGCCUGCGGCCUGUGCCACCUGCACACGGAGAUCUACGGCACCCAGGGGAAGCCCGCCAUUGCGCAUCGGGACCUGAAGAGCAAGAACAUCCUCAUUAAGAAAAACGGAAGCUGCUGUAUUGCUGACCUGGGCCUUGCUGUGAAAUUCAACAGCGACACGAAUGAAGUGGACGUGCCCCUGAACACGCGGGUGGGCACCAAGCGGUACAUGGCCCCGGAGGUGCUGGACGAGAGCCUGCACAAGAGCCACUUCCAGCCCUACAUCAUGGCGGACAUCUACAGCUUCGGGCUCAUCAUCUGGGAGAUGGCCCGCCGCUGCGUCACCGGAGGGAUCGUGGAGGAGUACCAGCUGCCGUACUACAGCAUGGUGCCCAGCGACCCGUCCUAUGAAGAUAUGCGCGAGGUGGUGUGUGUCAAGCGUUUGCGGCCGAUCGUGUCCAAUCGGUGGAACAGUGACGAGUGUCUGCGGGCCGUGCUGAAGCUGAUGUCGGAGUGCUGGGCCCACAACCCGGCCUCCAGGCUCACGGCCCUGAGGGUCAAGAAGACACUCGCCAAGAUGGUCGAAUCCCAAGAUGUGAAGAUCUGAGGGGAUCAGCUGGGAGCUUAGAACGUCGUUCUUUGUGUGUGGACAGCUUCACUUUAAAUGUGGUUUCUGAUGCCUUUUGUAAAUGGGGUUUUUAUGAACUGCAUCAAGACUUCGGUCCUGAUCCCUGAGUCUCCAGUCACAUCUGGGUACUGAACUACCUGCUCGUAGCGUGCUGCUUUCUGUGAAAGUCUUGAGAAGAUGAAUGAAUUCAGCAGAGACGGAGAGAGAGUACCUUGCCUUCUACCUGAGGGAACGCAACCUAUUUGUACUUGACCUUUGUGGACAGCGUGCGGGUCGCCACCCGCCGGGGACGCUGCCGUGGGGGAGAUGUCGUCAGGCCGUGGUCGUGGUGUGUGUACCCGCUCACCAGGGUCUCUGCUGCCAUCGAAUGAAGACGUGCUUCAUGAACACAGGAUGAGACAGUGGCUGUGGGUUUUCUGCUGUAAACGCGUGUGAUCUGACCAAGCUUCGCCAGUCGCUCCAAGCCAUUCACCUUCAAAGUGACCUAGCUUCUCCACCAACUUUAUUUUUUAACAGAAAAGUGGAUGUAAAGGCCAAAAAAGUUUCAAGUGCCUGGGAAUUUGGACCGUUUUCCUCCCGCCCCCAUCUUUUCCUUUUUCAUCCGGUAGUUGCCGCCGUCGUCCCGGAGGAAGCAUCCUGUCCGAAGCUGGGACCGCAGCGCCACGAACUUGUAAGAAAUCACUUCUCCGCGCGCGUCACUGAUCCCUGCGUCCGAUGGAAUGUUAAGUGCCUAUAACCGUGUUCUGUGCUCUUAUCUCAGUAACUUUUCAAAGGGAAGUUAUUUAUAUUUUGUGUGUCAUAUGCUUUAUCUGCAAACACCUGUUCCUUUCGGACCAUAUGUCAUCUUUGUACAUACGUCCCUACUGUAGCCAUCCGCUCGCGUGUCCUCACCCCAUCCUUAGGGGGAAAGCGGCAAGGUCGUCAGAAGCAAACGUCACGUGGAACCCCACGUGAAUCCUUAGAGCAAAGCCACUCAGAAUAGUCUGUCAACCCGAGUUCGCUCUUCAGGCACAGACUCUCGUUAAGAUGUUGUCUCCAUUUUCCUUUUUGAAAGGAUCCUCUAAUUAGAAAUUUUGGUUUCAGAGCUGAUACAAAUUUAUUAACGACUACUUCAGGCGUUGAAAUCACUUGCGGUUUCAGCCGUGUGAUUUCUGUUCCGUAACCUGUGAGGACAGUGGCGACUCGGGCAGUGCCCACCUCUCACCUCGUGGCCGCCGGGAAACACCGCCGGGCGCCUGGUAGUCCAAGGAGUCAGUCAGUCAGUCAGACUUCCUGCGUGUCUGUGAUGCCUCUAAAUGUCACUGUCUUAGUCUGAAAAAGCAACUCCUACACAGAGAGUGAGGCUUUUUUUUUUAAUACAGCAUAAAAUAAAUGUGAUUAUAUUACAACAUGGUCAGAACACUUUAGCGGGGACAUCAGAGCACGAACCCAUUCAUUUCCAAAAAUUGGACUUGCUCUUAAGGAUGAAACUCUGAUAUAGUUGCUACAUCAAAUUUCACUAAUUUAAAAUGUGCUUUAACAGUUUUUAUUAAAUUUAGUAAUUUUCAUUUAAGAAAAUUUAAGUUUCAAAUGUUCAUCAAGAUAAGUAAAUAUUUACAUGUUGGUCCUACCCAGUAACUUGCUGUUUCAGAAUGAUUUUCCCAUCUCUCACAGUGAGACUCACAGAUAUUUUUAUCUAAAUUGUCCUGCCAUUUAACAACACUUAUGAGCUCUGAUCUUCUUAGGCUAAGGUUAACCUUGAUUUAUUUUUUUAUUUGAUAAAUUAUACAUCUUAAAAAUGAUUUGUCACCUUUAUAAGAAAGUAUGUAAGAAAAGGCAUCUGUUCUUAGAAAUGUUAAAAUGAUGUGAACUCAACACAUUACAGAUAGUAUAUCAGUACAAGCCCAUCAUAAAGAUGUUUUAAAUGAAAUUGAUCUAUUAAAAGUGUUAUCAAGAAUUAAUGUUAGAGACUUGUUCAAUAUAAAUAUUUUCUAGUAUAAUGUUUUUUUAAAAAGCAGAUGAUGAAUUACUUGAAAUUUUAAAGUCUAAACAUAGUUGCAUGGAACUUUUCCUCUCUCCUUCUUACUUUUACUCAUAAAUUUCUAACUUCAUCCGGUCAGUGAACUAUUUAAAGCGUAAGAGGAGGGAGGUAUUAUAUAGUACCAUAGUUCAUAACUUGUAAAACCCUAGAAACCAUUAUUUGGUCUCACGAUUUAGCAUUUUAAAAACGCGUGGCUUCUGUCUGUCAUCCCUUUAAAUAACUGAAACAAAAACAGAAC